AUGUAUUGGUGUGGAGAACUGGUUCCUAUUCUUCUUCUUGUUCUCGUUAUACUCCCUGUUUUUGUAUUCCUUUCACGUAGGAAUGUCACAAAGGAGAACGAGAGGAAGAAACGCAAGCUUCCACCCGGCCCGCCGGGGCUGCCCCUCAUCGGCAACCUACAUCAACUCGGGGAGCACCCCCACCGCGCACUGUGGGAGCUCUCCAAGCUCUACGGCCCCCUCAUGCACUUGCAGCUUUGCCGCCAGCAGGCUGUGGUCGUCAGCUCCGGCGAAAUAGCGGAGGAAAUUCUGAAGACCCAUGAUCUUACUUCCUCCAGCAGACCAGACCUUGCCUCCUGGAAGCGAUUCUCUUACAACUCUUCAGAUGUGGCCUUAUCACCGUACGGUGCCGCAUGGAGAGAGUUGAAGAAGAUACUCGUGGUCAAGCUCCUCAGCACCAGGAAGGUGGAAGGGUUUCGUCGCGUGAGGGAGGAAGAAGUGGAAAGGACGAUGAACCUGAUCUCUUGUCUGGCAGCUGCAAAUGAAGCAGUAAAUCUCAGCGAGUUAGCUCACUCACUUUCUAAAAGCAUCACCUGCAGGGUCGCCUUCGGCGGACGAUUCGACGAAGGAGGGCCGCUCCAGCCGAAGAGCAAACUCCACCGGAUCCUCUCAGAAACACAGGCGCUGUUAGCGGCCUUAUACGUCGCCGACUACUUCCCCUGGGCAGGAUGGGCCGAUAAGUUCACUGGACUAGAAAGAAGAACGGUGGAGAACAUUCGGGAGCUCGACUUCUUUCUUCAGGAGGUCAUUGAAGCUCAUGCCAAUAAAUCGAAGAUGGCGAAUGAUGAAGAAGACAUCGUCGACGUGUUGUUGCGUCUCCAGAAGGAAGAUAUCAGUCUAACGGAAGAUCAUGUCAAGGGGGUGCUGAUGGUCAGAUCUUAACUCUCUCAUAAUACACUAUACUUGAAAAAGUAUCACACAAACAAGCCACCAGUAUAUAUUAGUCUCCUUCGUUUGUUCUCGUUUCUUCUCGCAUUCACUGAUGAUAGGGUAUUCCAUUUUCUCGUCUACAGAACGUCCUUAUCGGUGGCACGGAUACGUCUUCUGUAACUAUAGAGUUCGCCAUGGCGGAACUGGUCCGGAAUCCGAGCGUCAUGGCCAGAGCGCAGGAAGAGGUGAGGAGCGUAGUAGGAGAGAAAGGGAAGAUCGAGGAAACAGAUAUACCCCUACUCAACUACGUCAGAUCCGUGGUCAAGGAGACUUUGAGGCUUCACCCUGUUGUUCCUCUGAUACCUCGAGAGACGACUGGGCAUAUGACCAUUAAUGGCUUCGAGAUACCCCCCAAGACGAGGGUGAUGGUGAAUGUUUGGGCAAUAGGAAGGGAUCCGGCUUCUUGGAAGAGGCCAGACGAGUUCAUCCCGGAGAGAUUCAUCGACAACCCCGUUGACUUCAAGGGGCAGGAUUUCCAGUUCAUCCCCUUCGGUGCUGGGCGGAGGAUCUGCCCUGGGUUGUCCUUCGGGGUCACGACUGUGCAGCUCAAGCUCGCGAAUCUUCUCUACGCGUUCAAUUGGGAGGUGCCGGGUGGGAUGGGGAAGGAGAGCCUCAGCAUGGAGGAAGCAUCUGGUAUUACUGUUCAUCUGAAGGCUGAUUUGAUUUUAAGGCCCACCAAAUACACCAAUAGAGUAGACAGAAAUUACAUUGAGUGUUGA